UUCAACGCGAAUAGUUGUUCAAAUCGAAGUUUUUACCGUACAUGAGAUUCAUUCGUUCGUUCAUUCGUACGUUUUUCUAUAUCGCCUUUCGAAAUUCCCAUAAACGUUAGCCGGAGUUUUUUAUUUGGUUUUUUUUUAAAUUCGCUCGCAAAUCAAUUCGAAUCAACUCAAUUUUUAUUUUCAUUAUCGAUUUUGUUGUUUUUUCUACCGUGUUGAAUUAAUUGAAAUAAUUUGCCAUCAAACAAAAAUAUUUGGUUUAUUUUGUUUGUUUGGGGAAAUGGUUUGCAGAGAAUUUCCGAAAUAGACACUCAAUAAUUCUCUGUUGCUCGUUCAUCAUCCGACGCCAGAUCAGUGUUUAUGUUAUUUUGGUUUUUAAUUAAAACGGAAAUUAAUCAAAAAGUUCAGUAACCCGAGUGGAAAAUUGAUUAAAAUUAAUAAAUAAACGCACGCACUGCGAAAAUAUUGAAUUCAGUGACAAAAGCAACUUUGCGGUUUAAAUAGUUAUUUGUUGAAGUGUUUCAUUUAAAUACGAUUUGUUUAUCAACACAACUGUUCAGCAACAAAAAUUUAUACUACACGCACAUAUUUACGGAGAUAAAAAUAUUUAUAUAUAUAAAUAUAUGUGGACAAUGUGCCAUUUAUUAUUAUUUUGCAAUUGAACAUAUCGAGUGCAGUUUUUUUGUAGUGAGAAUUGUGAAAUUCAUUUGUACUUUUUAUCUUAGACGUAUGUCGGUAUUUUUUUUUAGUUUUCAUCGAUACUAUAUCACACUCUCGCAUCACCAUAAUUCGGUCAUUCUUCUCAAGCCAAACUAUUUGGAUGAGAAUUUCGCAUCGAAUGCCCGCAUCAUUGCAAUUAUGAAUGGAACGAUAUCGAAAGAUAGCAAUCCAUCAGAAUAAUCAAUUUAUCAUCGUUGGAAAAUAUGCUGUUUGCCAUCGAUUUCAUUUAACUUGCAACGCGAACGUGGAAGCACAUAGUUUUCAAUCAACUUAAGAGAUACAAACAAUCGAACAAACAAGAACUACCCACCACAGCCAGCUGUUCAACGUCUACUGCCGUUUUGGUCUUAUGGAUUUCCGGCAUUUUGAAAUCACUAAAUAUAAGCCAUAACAACUCUUGCAAUAUUCAUCACCUUUGACCACAUAACCAGCUACUGGAUAAAAUAAGCGAAAACAAUUAAUUUUUGGCUUUAUUAACCGAAUUAAGUACCGAAUUGUAUACGAAAAUUAUCAACAUGGAAAGAAUGGCAACCUCUCAUCGACGUACCAUGAACAACAACAACAUUGUUCAAGUACACACAAACUUUAAAUCGAAACAAAAUCACCAUCACCAUACACAGCAACAGCAACAACACCACCAACAACACCACCAGAGACAUGAUGACUUGGCAAAUGCACUGUGUGGAGGAGCAAAUUGUCGUUAUUACUAUGAUUCGUCAUCUCCGACAUUCCCCGAUUUGACGCCUCCAUGCGACAUGCCGACACCACACAAAUCACUCGGCCGAAAAAUGCCAACGCAUCAUCAAUUUGUUGACGAUCCGGAUACUAUUGAAUUUUGUGUGGAUGAUGAAACAGCGUGUGCGAAAUAUUACAAAGACACCGGUCGACAAAAGCGACAUAAAACAUACGACCCACAAGUGAGAUGGUCACGAAAUAACAUUGCUGUGACAAUGGAAAGAUUCCAACCGAUUGUAUCGCCUUCAUCAGCAUCAGAAAGCUCAUCGUGCACGAGCCAUACAAGUCAUAACAGUCACAACAGUCAUCAGGACUAUGCAUAUGCGUAUUAUGAACCGGGCGCCAUAAUGUGUCACUCAAAUAUACCAACGCCCGAAGAAAUAGCCGGACCAUCAUCAAUGCCACCGCCAAAUUCAAUGCGUGCAUUGCUCAUGAAAUGUAAAGAACGAAGUCUACGGACAUCUCCGGCCAAUAGACAUGCAAAUCACAGUCGAUAUGGUACGCAUGAAAAUAUUUACGAGGAUGUUUCUGAGGAUAAAGAUGGUCGGCUUGUUUCGUCGGCACAAUCGUUAAACAACGAUCGUGGCUGUACGAAAAAAGAGUUUCAACAUAUUUUAAACAAUCAUUACCGUGUUUUGGAAGAAUUGAAUUUGUCCGUUGAAGAACUGUUGAUGUCGUCAAGUCCACCACCAGAACCAGCACCUUUGAUGAUAAAACGAGCACCGACCGUGCAGUCAUGUGUUGUUGAUACACUGGGAACGCAGCUGACAUCAUUGGACCUGAAAGAUGAUUUAAAUGUAGGUGAAAUCGUUAUCGGUGAAGAUAGCGGAUUCAGCGGUAGCAGCAGCGGAGCAAGCUGCAGCUACAUCGGAAGUUUACGUAAGAAAAAGUCGAUAAUCACACGAUCUUUACGCAGGUCAUCAGCACCGAAUUGUACGGGAACGGUUUCGUCUAAUGGAACAAUCUAUGGCAGCUGUCGGACCGCUAAAUAUCCACCAUCUACAGCCAUCGAGCACACGGUUCAUUCCAACGCUGCUGCAGCAUCAAUGUACAAUAGCUGCACCGUCAAAAUAAAACACGAGAAGAGCCCCGAUUCCAUUCAGAAGAGCCUGAAAUUUGCUCUAUGGAAUCGGCGAAGUUGAGGUAAAUCAACACUCUCGUUGCUUGCCAAUCAACUCACCUAAUCUGACCACGAAUAGCACAGUAAGAUAUUGUCUGCUGACAUACCAAAGGAUUAUUAACAAGACUGUGCUGCAAUUCUUUUUAUUUAAACGGUUCAAACUUUUUGAAUAACAAAGCAUCUGAACAUUGUACAUUUAAACAGUAAUUGUUAAGUAAAUAGCAAAAAAAGUCUAUGUUUAAAUGUGCAACACUUAACGUAAGCUUAGCGAUAAAAUUCAGUCGCCAAAUGUGUAUUCAAUGUUAAUUAUUGUGCAUCUGUGUUUAAACAAAACACAUAUUUCCGCUUUCGUUAUUGUGAUGUUUCAGAACAAACAGGAAACAAAUAUUUAUCUCAUACAGGUUUAGAAAAAAAAAACAUUUAAUUCCAAUUGCAUUUGUUUUGAAGCAGCGUUUCGACAUAAUACACUAUCGUUUUAAAGGAAUUUUAAAUUUCAAACUAACCGUCUCGCCUUUCGUCGUAUAGUUUAAAAAAUGCCAAAUUCAAAUUUCUUUAAAAAAAACAAGAAUGAAAAAAAACUGUUAACGUUCUAUUUUUUGGAGGCAUCAACAAAGUUGAUGCUGUAAAUAUAUGUUUAUCUAAUAUGUUUUCAUUUAUUCUUAUUUUUCAUUCAUUUAAUAAAAUGCGCAGUAGUAAUAACAAAACUUAAAUGCCAAUAAACAUGUGAAAUUUGACUAAAAAAGUAAAAAAAAUCACUUCAAACUGGCACAGCGCACAAAUUUUCAAUUUGAUCGAAUUUUUAAUGUACCGUUAGAUCAUAUUAUCGUUAGAUUUAAUUCCACACAAACUGCACGUAUUUCAAAUCAAAUUAAUGCAUUUUCCAUACUUUUAAUAACCAUUUUUAAUUUGGAUUGAAUACAAACGCAAGAGCAAAAAAUAUUUUGUUCUUUUGUAAACAAAGCCGUCACAAAUCACAGACAAAAUCACAUUUAAUAUAUUUUAUAGUUUUAACCGAAUUUUAACAAUAAUUUACUCAUAAGCAUAUAAUCGAUAAGAGCAACAUAAUCCGUUAGCAAAAUUCGGUUUAAAGAAAAAACUCUUUCUUUUCUCAAAAACGAUGGGAGAACAAACAUUUUAUUGUGUAAUUAAAAUGGAUUAAAAAUGUUUCGGGCUGUGAUACCUAAUUAAAAAUUGAUGAUAAACGUAUAAAUUGUACAGUAACGUAAAGUAAAGUAUUUAAUGAGCUAGAAUUUAUGUUUGAAGAGAAAAGAGAAAAUGAAAGGAUGGAUACACGAGAAUAAAGUCUAGACUGGUGACAAAAUGAUGUCCAUUUUAAUUGUUAAUCGCCGAAUUUACGAAACAAAUUUCCAUGACAUUUAAUGGUAAAUUGAUACUCAAUGGAGAGUCAAUUAUACAAAUUCAAUACAAUAACCAGCGUUUCGAAAUGUUUGAUUAGUUUAACCGAAUACAAUUUCUAUUCGUCAUUGAUUUUUUUUUUUUCAAUAUUUCAAUUUUGUUCAUCAUCAUUAACGUAAUAUGAAAUCAAAUCCGAAUACACAUGUAUACAGGAAAAUAAAACUCAAGACCGAAUUACAAAAAUCGAUCGAUAAACAUCAAUAUAUGAUACAAACACUCUCACACAAAUAUAAUUACAAUGUAUAAUGUAUUGAAACUGUUAAGUAUAUCGUCAGAGCGACAAACGAUAAAAUAUAAUUACAUGAACGUUUGAAGAUAAAAAAAAAA